CAAAUACACAAGUCUUUCAAUUGGGAGAAUUGAAACUCGCCGUUUAUUUGUUGUUAUUGGGUCUCGUACGCCGACUUGUACACUUUGGUUAGUCGAAUGGCUUCUCAUUUUCAAACAGGGGCUCAAACAGAUGGAACAAACGUUCCCACUUUUAAAAUCAUCCUAGUAGGAGAUGGCGGUGUGGGUAAAACAACUUUUGUGAAGCGACAUCUCUCCGGAGAAUUCGAAAAGAAAUAUAUUGCUACAGUCGGUGUUGAAGUGCAUCCUCUUAAAUUUCAUACCAAUAGAGGCCCCAUCGUUUUCAACGUUUGGGAUACAGCCGGUCAAGAAAAGUUUGGCGGUUUGAGGGAUGGCUAUUAUAUUCAAGGGCAAGGAGCAAUCAUUAUGUUUGACGUUACUUCUAGAAUCACCUAUAAGAACGUGGCCAACUGGCAUCGAGAUUUGGUUCGAGUCUGUGAAAAUAUCCCCAUCGUACUAGUUGGGAACAAGGUAGACGUUAAGGAUCGAAAAGUGAAAGCGAAGCAGAUUACUUUUCACAGAAAGAAGAAUCUUCAGUACUACGAUAUAUCUGCAAAGAGCAACUAUAACUUUGAGAAACCGUUCCUAUGGCUUGCUCGUAAGUUGGUUGGUGAUCCCAAUUUGGUAUUUGUAGAAGCACCAGCACUUGCUCCAGCAGAAGUUCAUAUUGACGAUACCUACAAAGCUCAAAUGGAGGCAGAGUUACAACAAGCUCAGAAUGUAGCCUUGCCUGAUGAAGAUGACGACAUGUAACAAAGAAUAGUUGUGUCUGGUUAGAGAACUGUGAAGGAAUGGACAACGUUGUGUCGUAUGCAACAAUAAAAUAUAAUUUGAUCCUUUUGAGAAAUGUUUGUUUU